CCGAGAUUAAUAAUCUCAAAGUUCAAUUGGAAAAAGUUAACUAUGAUAACAAAGAGGGUGCCAUAACCAUUGAUACACUACGGGAAGCCAAUUUGGAAUUGACCAAUGAACUGGAAUCGCUCAAGAAAUCCCUCGCGGAACUUAGAGCCGCACAAAAGGAAGGUGAUAAAGAACAAAAGAAACAAGAGAAGAUGGCUCAAAUGUUUGCGGAGCUUGAUCCCUCGGGUGUGAUCUCCGCCAAGGAAAAACAAAUUCGUGACACUUUACUCAAAUUGGAGUCAAUUGACAGUGAAGGUAGUACUUCGCUUACAAUGGAAGAGCUUGCGACAGUACGCCGCGAGUUGGCAGAAUCGAAGUCAUUGGUCUCUACACACGAACAAACCAUCAACGAGUUGCAUCACGAAAAUGAACAUUUGACAAAGAAGAGAGAUGAACUUGAGAUAAGAUUGAACGCCCUAGAGCUUGAAUAUGAAGAAUUACUGGACAAGACGAUUGCCGAAGAGGAGGCUAACAGCAACAUUGAUAUCACAGAAACGAUAGCGGAGCUGAGAAGCAAAUUAGAAGCUCAAUUUGUCGCAAAGAAGGAAGUACAGCAAAAAGAGAUCGAUGAGUUAAAACAGGAACUAGAAAAGAAGAACGAAGAGCUGUACAAACUUAACAACGCUCUCGCUGAAUUGAAGAGAGCAAAUGAAGAAUUGCAGAACGUUCUUACUGAAAGGGAUGCUAGAUCCGAAUCUCAGAAAAAUGUUGCAGAGAAAGAAAAGGACAUGGAACGAAUUCGUAAGACCAUGGCACAACAAUUGGCCGAUUUUGAUGUUAUGAAGAAAGCACUCAUGCGCGAUCUGCAGAACCGAUGUGAAAAAGUGGUCGAGCUUGAGAUCUCAUUAGAUGAAACGAGAGAGCAAUACAACAAUGUACUACGUAAUAAUAAUAAUAAAGCACAACAGAAGAAGAUGGCAUUCCUAGAGAGAAAUCUGGAGCAACUGACGAACGUGCAGAAACAACUCGUCGAUCAGAAUGCGUCAUUAAAGAAGGAAGUAGCAAUUGCCGAGCGAAAACUUCUCGCCCGAAACGAACGUAUCCAGGCUCUGGAAGCCUUACUACAAGAUGCACAAGAGAAGCUUACCUCACAGAAUCAAAAAUUCGAGGCACAACUACAAGCCGUUCGAGAACGAUUAGAACAGGCCAGAUCUCAAAAAUCAGCAGCAAAUCCAUUUGCUGUGAAUUCCUUAUCCCGUAUCGUAAAGCCCCUCCGUGGUGGCGUUGAUGUCAGCGGAUCCGACUCCCCGUUCGAAAUAGCGAAAACGCGUUUCCAUUCGAAGACAAAUUUACGGCGCGCGGUACCCGUCUCAGCGACCAAAAAAGAGGAUAAACAUUUGAAAUUCUGCAAAAAAUACGGAAUAAAAUUUUCUAAUGAAGAUUUGAUACAUCAAGUUUGUACCCACAAAUCUGUUAUCUCUAACACGGCGCCGACAAAUGAAAGAUUAGAUUAUUUAGGGCAAAAAGCAAUCCAACUUUUUGCCGCAGAAUUUUUCGUAGGCAGAGUGCCACCGGAGGAAUUGCAUGAAAAAGUUGAUCUAUACACGAAGCACUCGGACAACUUGGGUAUAAUAGGCAGGAAGAUGGGGUUAGACGAAUUGUUGUAUUGGACGCCGACCAAUGCAAAAGAAGUAGAAACGGCAAAUCAGGAAGGACAUGGAUUGAAGCCCAAGGGCAUAGAAACUGUUACCGGAAGAGCUCUUCAAGCUUUAGGUGAUUUUGCCGCAAGAGAAUUCGUUGACAAGCACAUAUUGACAGCGCCUAUUAAAUGA